GUUUGCUAGCACAAAUAAUACCCUCUACCACCAUAAUAAAUGUCACAGCAAUGGCAAGCAUUUGUACGCCAAUGGAAUGAGCCAUGCUGUUUGGACUACCAAAAGUUGAAUGAAAAAGAGAACCAUAUGCUCAAAGAGCAUCUUGUCAGCAUUCUCGAGACUCAGGUUCGACCAAGUUUUCAGAAACACACGCAUCCUGCUUUAGAUAAACGACUACAAAACGGUCGAUAUGUCGACAAGUCCAUGGAUUUUGACUUUCAUGAGAAUCAAACGUGGAAGCAGAUUGAAGUCUCUGGUUUUUCUGCAAUUGACGUGAUAGAAUGGAUAAUUGAACGUGCAUCGGCAGAACAACUUCAGCCCGUGUAUCAUAUGGUAGCUCCUCCUAUUCUCAUUGUUCUAGACGAUUAUGAAUCAAACUAUAAGCUGAGAGGAGUGCAAUUAAUCCAAGCUGUGUUGAGGAAAGUUGAACCAGUAACUCUACGACGAUCUGGAUUAGGAAAUGUGUUUUUAGAGAGCCUAUUCCAAUGUCUUACAUAUGUUCAUGGAGAGAGCGCGAAUCCAAGACUUGUGGAGGCUUCAUAUAGUUGCUGUCGUGACCUCAUCAAUCUCUUGGAAUCAGAAACGUCAAAAGAAAGAAGCCGGUUGUAUGAAAAGCUGGUUGUGGAAGGGUUACUUCUUAGUCAAAGCUCAGAAAUGCUGGACAUUCAACUGAUCAACAUGAAGGAAGUCCCUCCUAUUUUCAGCGAGUUAGGGAUCAUCAGUGUACAAUACCUGAAGCCGAUACUACAGCUCAUAUGUGAAAAUCUGCAACGGCCGUAUUCCAAUAUGGACUUGAAAAUCGCGUCAGCAUCAGCUCUACUGGUAAUGUUACAGUCCUGUACACCAAGAAUCCCGGCUUACAGAGGACAGAUCAUUAUAGGUCUGCUGAAUAGUUGGAUUAUGGUUCAAAACGACCAAAAUGAUGAUAGUCAAGAUCUGCGCAAACUCUUGACAGAAAAUUGGCAGUUACUUAGAAAAAUAGGUGGAUCGAAGGUUGAGGUACGUGCUUGAUGGGACCAAAAUUUUUGGGGAAAACCGUU